UUGCUCUCGGCCUUGUGUUUCCAUCGCCGGUGCACUCCGCGAGGUCACCGCCUUGUGUUUCCAGUUCAGGCCGCCAUCUCUGGUAGCCGACAACGGCUGUCUGGAGCUCUGAGCGAGGGCGUGGAGAAGAGGAAUGAAAUUCGAGAAUUUGAGGAAGGAAAAAGAAGAAUUUGGGAAGAGGAGAGAAUUGGGAAUUUGAGAACCGCCACAAAGUCAGUCGGCCACGACGACACCGCCUUCACAGCCCGCAGCCGCCACAACUCCCCAGCAACCCCACCACAGCCACCACAAACCCGCCGGAUAUUCAACACAUAUCCCAUUGAUCGACGACCUUCGCCAUCUCCAACAUCAUCUCUGCCGCCGCCGCCGCGUCUAUCUCAAGUCGCAAGGUUGCCGCGCCGUGACGAAGUGAUGUGCCGCGCCGUGCAGGCGUAUCGCGCCGCGAGGGAAGCUCCUACCGCGCCGUGCUGGGAUGGUCUGCCGCGCCGUGACGGGUUCCUCGCUGUGGGGACGUGCUGA